AUAAGACAUACUGUAAAUACAGCAUCGAACAAUUUUCACCAUCUUCCAUACAAAACAUUUACUCGAAAUUAAAAUGACGGCAAUUUAGCUAGAUAAGUCUUCCAAUACUAGGCUUUACCGGCAGCUAAGAUGUAGAUAGAAGCUGUCACUGUAACAUAUGUAUUAAUUUUCAUUCAUAUACUAAGUUUCCCAAUGGACGAAAAGUGAUCGUUCUAGAACAUGGCUCUAUAUGAAGAUCGCGCCACAUAUAUUGCAACGUAGAUGGAGGGCUACUUAUUCGGUACACCCUUAAGAGGGCUCUGUGUGAGAGGAGAUUGGGUACUGGAUGUCCUUAUAAAUUAUGAUAAGGAUGUAUGAUCGAGACACAGCAUAUAAAGUAAUUUUCAUACAGCCUACGGCUAAGUAAGCGGCAUAAAAAAUAGUAAAUAAUAAAGGCUAAAUGCAGAUGCAUACCUAUCCGUACCAGGUAUCAAGGCAUUGUCUUGGAGUAGAAAAGGCCAAAUAUCCCCUAAAAUUUCUUCUAGACAUAAUUCAUUACGGAAUCCAAGCUCAACUCAGGGCGAAAUAAAAAAUCAUGUGUGGCUUCCAAGCUGGAGGUGCGGCGGUCUGCCUGUUCCUCGCGGGGCAGACAGCGCUGGCUAGCCCUACUCAUUAUCGACGAGCUGCCUGUGCCGACUUAUCGACGGAGACACCUAUCUGGAGGAUAUCAAAUGCGGCCUCUUCGGACUGGCCCGGCGGUGGGGGAGGACGAGUUGAACUCUGGGCAAACCACAUUCCUACGGGCGAGGUAGCCGAUUGUGACGUUGAAUACCGGAUGAAUGCGACAGACGGAUCAAUCGUCGGUUACGAUCCCACGACAGUCAUCACAUGUACCAAUUUCGGCACGGCGGCUCUGAACACGACCGUUCAGCUCGAUAUGGAAACGCUGCUCUUGACGAUAAACAGCACUUGGGCUUGCGAGGAGGGAGGCGAGGCGAAGUACUCGGCGACUGGGUCGACGACAUUGAACAGAGACACAUCCCCAGAAGCGUGCCUGGUGGAACCGACUCAAGUUGGCCCCUCUACAACUUGCCCGAUAGCCGACGCGGAGGUUGAGGGAAAACUUGAGGAAUAGGCGUAAAGUGUCUUGGAGAUGCAUAUCGAAUUUGGGGGUCGCACGGCGGCGAAGAGUACCGAUACCUACCUAGGUACCUAGGUAGAGACGCCCUUUAGGGGGUUGUUCGCUCUAUGCGACAUUAAAAUUCCAUCCUAAUACAUAUUUUCGACGCUUACUAGG